AUGAAAUUCUGUACCAAGUUUAUAGUCUUUGUAUUGACUAUAUUAUCCGUUAAUCACUACUGUGAAUGGAAUCAUUGUUCAACAGAUGUCAAGCAAUUCUGUCACUACACAGCUCCAUCCACUUGGAAUAAUAUUCUAAUUGCAAACAGUCCAGCUUAUCAUCAAUAUGUGGCACCAAAAGUAGCUAUUGUCUCCGCUAAAUAUUCGAGUUUAAUUCAACCUCAUUGUCACAGUUUCUCUGAAAGGUUAAAUACUAAAGUCACUCAUCCAUUCGUUGCAUUUGUUACUCCUUAUUUAUCUCAAUUUGAACAUAGACCAUAUGUAAUUUUCAUCCAUGAUAAUAUUUCUUGUUUGAUAAAUAAAUUAAAUGUUUAUUAUAAUAUUUAUUUGGAACCAACUAUUACAAAGAUAGAAAAACAAUUAGGUAUUAAGAAAACUUAUAACGUGGCACAAACUAAAUAUGCAAAUCAAUUCCAACCAAUUUGUGAAGUAUUCGAACCUUAUUUAAGAAGUUCAAAGACUAAAUUUCAAGAAUGGAAAUUUAGAUAUUUGAAUUACAUUAAAGAUGCUAAAAAAUUUACUGAAUCAGCUAAUCAACAACUAAAAGAUACAGUUCAAGAGAAAAAAGAUCAAGUUGAAGAAUCAAUUGAAAAAAAGAAAGAACAAGUGAAAAAAAUUGCUAAAGAUAGAAAGGAAAGCUAUAUGAAUUCAAAAAAAUCUGCUGCCGCUGCCGCUCAAGCUUCUUCCGAAGCUAAAGCUGCAUCUACUACUUCUGAUAUCCCAAAGGGUAAAACCACACCAUUACUAGAUGAAGAAAUUUACUCUGAUUUAUACGAAUUCAGAAGAGAAGCAGAAAAUAUGAAUGAUGAAGAUUUUGCAGAAUUGGAAAAUGAUAACGAAAAAGUUAUUACCUCUACUUCUACUAUCGUUAAAGUUGUUACCAUGAAUGAUGGAGAAGUUGCCGUUGAAACUCAAGAACCUACUGAUGCAAUCACCGAGGAAGAUGAAGUCAAUACUAUUCAAAUUGAUUUUGACAAUUGGUCUGAUGCCAUUGAACGUAAAAUGUCUUCUAUUGUUGACUUAUUCGAAAAGGAUGUCAAUACAACAAUGGAUAAGAUUCUAAAGACUAAAGAUUUAACUUUAAAGAAAAUGUUAAGACAAAUGUCUAACUCUUCUCAAGAUUCUUAUGAAGAAAUCUCCAAAAAAAUUGAAGAUAUUGAUUGUAUCACUGAAAUAGAUGCAAAGACUGGAGAAAAAAUCUAUUUCGAUAAGACAGGAACUACUCAAUUACCAACCUAUGUUGAUCGUGAAUUAAUGCGUGAUUUAUUUGAAAAUGCUAACUCAUUAGGCUUGGCUGUAAUUAGUCACAUUAAUAAAGAAGUUGGUAACUUAGAUGCCGAUGUUUAUUUUGCUGUUGAAGCUAUGCGUAAACAAUAUGCCGAAAUUUAUGAAGAAUGGGCAAACGUUAUGGUUAAUGAAUGGUCCAAGAGAUUAGCUUAUAUCGAUGUUAUGGAUGCUGACUCUGGAAAGAACACAAAUGGUGAUGUAUCUGAAGAAAAUUGGAAGAAAUUCUUAAAGGUUAAGAGACAAAUCAUUGGUAGAAGGGAAGAAUUUGCUAUUCACCCUGUAAGUAUGGAUGAAGUUAUUAAGUUUACUAGUAUGGUUCAAAACACUCUGAUGAUGAUCAACAGAGAGAAUGGAGAAUAUCUGUAUAUCUUAAGAUCUAAAGCCAAUCUAGCAUUCCAAAAGCGUGAAAAGGAAGAAGCUGAAAUGGAAGCCUUUGAUGCUGAAGAUGACGAAGAACCAGAGGAAGAUUCUGAAGAAAUACAAGCUGAAACUUAG